GGUGACCUCACAGGAUAUUUUCCCCGAACGUUCUACUUCCAUUCUCUGACUUCCAAUCCCUCAGCCCCGGUUCCCUGCCGGAAUCGAUCGCCGGCGAGAUGCCCUCGCUGGCGGCGCCCCUCGCCGCGAAACGCUACCUCCUCGGGUCCAGUGCCCCUGCCGUUGCCUGUCCUUGUUGUUGAUUUUCGUGUCAUAUGUCUCAUUGGUUUCGAUUUCCAGGUUGCAUUAGCCUGUAGAUCGUUCUACACAUCCCUUAACUAUCAUAUGGAUUCGCCGGCAAUAAUCCGGAUAUGCCGUGGGAGUUCAGCGAAGCCAAUAAGGAAAGGGAUAAGGAGAUACUAUCAUACUAUCCUUCCAACUACAAGCAAUCUGUUGUUAUUCCUUUAUUGGACCUUGCACAACAACAACAUGGUGGAUGGCUUCUAGUUUCUGCAAUGGAUGCGAUAUGUUAAUAUUGGUUAGGGCAACAACUUUGAUUUCACCAGAAACUGAAUUAUAACCAAGGAUAUAUGUUAGUCUUUGAAUGGGCAGAUUGGUAAGUAUCACCUAUUGGUUUGUGGCACCACACCUUGUAUGAUACGUGAUUCUCGUGAAAUUGAAGAGGCCUUGCUCAAACAUCGAGCAAAGCAGAAUGGGUUGCUGUGUAAAUGGUCCAAUGAUCACUGUUGCUGACUGUUCCAAUGGUUCUGAAGGAUACACAUAUAACUACUAUGAGGAUGUGACUCCUAAGCGAGUCAUUGAGAUUGUAGAGAAGUUGAGAAGGGGUGAAACUCCUGUUGGUACUCAAAAUCCACUGAGAAUAAAGUCUGGACCAGCUGGAGGGAAUACUACUUUAUUAGGGGAGCCAAAACCUCCGCCAUGGCGGGAUCUCGAUGCUUGCUGAUUUAUCACUGAAGUGCAUCAAUAAUGGAUCUAAUUACCCAUCUUGUUUUACCCUUGAAACUAUCCAAGGUAUUAACUUUACCAGACAUCAAUGAAAAUACUUGGGGCUGUCAUUUGCACAUAUGCCAAUAAUCAUUAUUAAAUAUGAUUUUUUAACAUUUUUUAUGAAA